UAACACAACUAGUACCAUUCUCUCAUAAAACAAAUGGACUCUAUGAUAGAAAUGCAAAACAAGUCCAUAGUUGAAAUUCUCUACAAAGCACUUUUGGGUCAAGGAACAAUGGAAAUGGUAGCCAAAUUGCUAGCAAGUGAUCUUGAGUAUUGGUUCCAUGGUCCACCAGAAUGUCAACACAUGAUGAAGGUGUUAACAGGAGAAACAAAUCACAAAAAAGGGUUCAAAUUUGAGCCAAGAAGUGUCACUUCAAUUGGUGAUUGUGUGAUAACUGAAGGUUGGGAAGGACAAGCUUAUUGGGUUCAUGUUUGGACAUUGAAAAAUGGGUUAAUUACACAAUUUAGAGAGUAUUUCAAUACAUGGCUUGUUGUGAGAGAUUUGAGGCCAUUAAGGUGGGAAGAUCAUAAGCAAGAUAACAUGACAUUGUGGAGAAGUCAACCUCGUGAUCUUUAUCGUAGGUCACUUCCUGGACUUGUCUUGGCUAUUUAGACACAACACAACUCAUUGCAUGUGCUGCUCAAUUUGGUUGUUAUGUAAUGUACUUUGUACAAUGUAUCAUGAAUUUGGAUUUGGUCUUAUGGAUAUUAAACAUCAUUUUCAACUUAUUUAGCUUGCUUUUAAAAGAAUAUAUAUUUGUAUUUUGGAUAUGGUAAAUUGUUCUAUAAAAUUAUCACCAAAUUAGAAGGGAAAAGAAUGAAUAGGAGGUUAAGGAGAAAGUUGAAAAUAGAUGAAAGGUUAAAGGUGCAUAUAAUAUGAAUAUAAGAGAAAUAAUGAUAGUGUACUAUAUUACUAUUAGUCCUUUAUUCCUCUUUCUUUUAA